AUGUUCGGUGCAAUCGUGUCGGGGAUAUCCGUUUUGCUCUUGCUCUACGGCUCCAAUUAUCUGCCGAAGUCACGCCCGGAUGACCUAGAAGUUGCUCUCAACGAGUUUAUCAAAACCCACGCCAACAAUUUUGUGCCAACUGCGUCUCCGCGACCACAACUGGUAGACAGAUUUUUCUCUCCUGAUGCAACGAUUCGUGCAGAGUUACAUUCUGAAGUAUUCCAGUUAUUCCGUGUUGGGGAAAAGUGCGACCCAGCCUGUGCACGCAAAAUUGCUCGCUCCCUCAGGAAAAUCAAAUGCUCUCAUGUUCGUUACUUAGGGAGGCUUCACAUCAUCGAAGCUCGUUGCGAUGGUGUCAAAGAACUCACUGCCCACCAAGUCGGUGAGUUUGCACUCGCCCACAUCACAGAAAUUGAGAAGCAGUACGACAAUAUCCUCAUGGCGCCUCCAUCUGAUAGAGAAUCCGUCGACCACCAAGAUAAAGAACACGAAGAAAUGCUAGCUAAAUCCGCCAACUUCACUCCUGAAGUCGGCAAGGAAGACGCUAUUUUGGGGCACCUGGAGCGGUAUGUACAGACUGCCAAUCUUCCCUGGGGUCUCGACAGGAUCGAUCAGGUGUCUACACGAGAUAAAAAGCUUGAUCUCUCAUGCUUUCCGCAUCUUGGUCAGGGGGUCAAUAUAUAUGUUUUGGAUUCUGGCUGCCGCACUUCCCAUGAAGACUUUACUGGUCGCAUUGUCGGUGUCCGCGUCGGUCGGUACAGUUCUUUCCGAGAUGGGCAUGGGCAUGGGACCCAUAUUGCCGGGACGUCUGCUGGAACGAAGUAUGGGGUGUGCAAGAAUUGCAAUAUCAUCUGUGUAAAGACUUUGGAUGACCGUAAUCUCGGUACGCUCAUGGAUGUUUUGGAUUCGAUUGACUAUGUCUUGGAUCACAAGAGCAGAAAUCGAGGGUCACCAGGCGUUGCCGUGUUGUCCUUGGGAGGUGCGAUUCCAACGGAUUUGUUGGAUGAUGGUAUGGAGAGGCUUCUGCGUGCAGGUGUUAUACCUGUUGUGGCCUCGGGAAACGGGAAUGCAGAUGCAUGUGCCUGGACUCCGGCUCGAUCUGUUGAUGCGAUUACUGUCGGAGCCUCGACCAUGUUCGAUUGGACAAGGUCGUCGAGCAAUGGCGGAUCCUGUGUGGACAUAGUAGCACCUGGUGACUACAUCUUAUCAGCAUCCCAUACGACAGAUACAGGAACGGCAUGGAUGUCAGGCACGUCAAUGGCUGCUCCUCACGUUGCAGGAGCAGUUGCACUAGUACUGGGGGAGAAGCCGUCAUUGACUAAGGACCAAGUUCUCGCGCUACUCAGGAGAAACGCAGCGAUGGUGAAAGACGCACGCAGGGACUUUUAUUACCAUUUGCUUUUAGUGAAGCAACCACACUGUUCAGUCUACGGCUUCGCCGAGACCCAGGAGAGUUCUGGUGCGCAGAGUUUUGCCACAGUGACUAAUCUUCCUGCUUCGGUGUCGCCAUCUCAAACCCCUAGUCGUUCACCAUCGCGAACACCCUCCAGCUCACCAUCAAGAACGCCAUCCCGAAUGCCCUCCCCAUCACGAACGCCAUCAAGGUCACCAUCAAGGUCACCAUCAAGGUCACCAUCAAGGUCACCAUCAAGGUCACCGUCAAAGACGCCAUCCCGAACGCCGUCGCCAUCGCAGACACCGUCUAGGUCGCCAUCACGGACACCAUCUCGGACGCCAUCGCCGUCGCAGACACCGUCUAGAUCACCAUCGCGAACGCCAUCUCGGUCGCCGUCGCCAUCCCGGACACCGUCGAAGUCACUUUCACGGACGCCAUCUCGGACGCCGUCACCAUCCCAGACACCGUCUAGGUCGCCAUCUCGGACGCCAUCGCCAUCGCAGACACCGUCUAGAUCACCAUCGCGAACGCCAUCUCGGUCGCCGUCGCCAUCCCAGACACCGUCUAAGUCACCUUCACGGACGCCAUCUCGGACGCCGUCACCAUCCCAGACACCGUCCAGGUCACCUUCACGAACGCCAUCACAGACGCCGUCCAGGUCACCAUCCCAGACGCCAUCCCGGUUACCGUCAAGGACGCCUUCUCUGACGCCGUCACCAUCGCGGGCGCCGACGAGUUCACCAUCGAGGACGCCAUCGAGGAUGCCGUCACCAUCCCAGACGCCGACGAGUUCACCAUCGAGGACGCCAUCUCUGACGCCGUCACCAUCGCGGACGCCGACGAGCGCACCAUCGAGGACGCCUUCUCUGACGCCAUCACCAUCCCAGACGCCGACGAGUUCACCAUCGAGGACGCCAUCUCUAACGCCGUCACCAUCGCGGACGCCGACGAGCGCACCAUCGAGGACGCCUUCUCUGACGCCAUCACCAUCCCAGACGCCGACGAGUUCACCAUCGAGGACGCCAUCUCUAACGCCGUCACCAUCCCAGACGCCGACUAGUUCGCCGUCGCGGACGCCAUCUCUGACGCCAUCACCGUCUCAGACGCCUACGAGCUCACCAUCGAGGACGCCUUCUCUGACGCCUUCACCGUCCCAGACGCCGACGAAUUCACCAUCGAGGACGCCAUCUCUGACGCCGUCACCAUCCCAGACGCCGACUAGUUCGCCGUCGCGGACGCCAUCUCUGACGCCGUCACCAUCGCGGACGCCGACGAGUUCACCAUCGAAGACGCCUACAAGUUCACCAUCGAGGACGCCAUCUCUAACGCCGUCACCGUCCCAGACGCCGACUAGUUCGCCGUCGCGGACGCCUUCUCUGACGCCGUCACCAUCCCAGACGCCGACGAGUUCACCAUCGAGGACGCCAUCUCUGACGCCGUCACCAUCCCAGACGCCGACUAGUUCGCCGUCGCGGACGCCAUCUCUGACGCCGUCACCAUCGCGGACGCCGACGAAUUCACCAUCGAGGACGCCAUCUCUGACGCCGUCACCGUCCCAGACGCCGACGAAUUCACCAUCGAGGACGCCAUCUCUGACGCCGUCACCGUCCCAGACGCCGACGAAUUCACCAUCGAGGACGCCAUCUCUGACGCCGUCACCGUCCCAGACGCCGACGAAUUCACCAUCGAGGACGCCAUCUCUGACGCCGUCACCGUCCCAGACGCCGACUAGUUCGCCGUCGAAGACUCCUUCUCUAACGCCUUCACCAUCCCAGACGCCUACAAGUUCACCAUCUCUGACGCCAUCUCUGACGCCGUCACCAUCCCAGACGCCUACAAGUUCACCAUCGAGGACGCCUUCUCUGACGCCGUCACCGUCCCAGACGCCUACAAGUUCACCAUCGAGGACGCCAUCUCUAACGCCGUCACCAUCCCAGACGCCGACUAGUUCGCCGUCGCGGACGCCAUCUCUAACGCCGUCACCGUCCCAGACGCCGACUAGUUCGCCGUCGAGGACGCCUUCUCUGACGCCAUCACCGUCCCAGACGCCGACUAGUUCGCCGUCACGGACGCCAUCUCUAACGCCGUCACCAUCCCAGACGCCGACUAGUUCGCCGUCGAGGACGCCUUCUCUGACGCCUUCACCAUCCCAGACGCCUACAAGUUCACCAUCGAGGACGCCAUCGAGGACGCCAUCACCGUCCCAGACGCCGACGAGCUCUCCAUCGAGGACGCCUUCUCUGACGCCAUCACCGUCCCAGACGCCGACGAGCUCUCCAUCAAGGACGCCAUCGCUGACGCCGUCACCGUCCCAGACGCCGACGAAUUCACCAUCGAGGACGCCAUCUCUGACGCCGUCACCGUCCCAGACGCCGACGAAUUCACCAUCGAGGACGCCAUCUCUGACGCCGUCACCGUCCCAGACGCCGACGAAUUCACCAUCGAGGACGCCAUCUCUGACGCCGUCACCGUCCCAGACGCCGACGAAUUCACCAUCGAGGACGCCAUCUCUGACGCCGUCACCGUCCCAGACGCCUACGAGCUCACCAUCAAGGACGCCUUCUCUGACGCCUUCACCAUCCCAGACGCCGACUAGUUCGCCUUCGCGGACGCCAUCUCUAACGCCGUCACCGUCCCAGACGCCGACUAGUUCGCCGUCGCGGACGCCUUCUCUGACGCCUUCACCAUCCCAGACGCCUACAAGUUCACCAUCUCUGACGCCAUCUCUGACGCCAUCUCUGACGCCAUCACCAUCCCAGACGCCUACAAGUUCACCACCGAGAACGCCUUCUCUGACGCCGUCACCAUCCCAGAGGCUGUCAAUGACCCCAACAGAUUCACCUUCAAGAACGCCGUCUCCUACACCUCGUCGCUCACAGCGGCGGGCAGGUGCAACAGAAGCUAACCCCUCUCAAUCACAGCCUCAAACCAUAACACUUGCUCUUUCGCCUUCGCAAAUGCCGUCAAUAUCGCCCAGUCACCCAUCAUCACAAAUACUCAUGGCAAAGGCAUUGCCGUCCCGAGCGCCUUCUACGACACCUGAGAUUUCACGGCCUCGGACACCAUCCACAUUCGCUAGUUCUCCACUUUCAAAGGCACCGUCAUCAAGGCCUACUCUUUCGUCUUCGAGCACGCCACCUUUGAAAGCAAAGAGUACAGUGUCCGAGACUCCUUCCAUUGCAGUUACUGGUUUUCGCUCUGGAGCGCCGUCUAUCACGAGUAGUCAAUCCUCGAGGCCAAGCAAGUCACCCUCAAGCACUUCGUCAUCCACGCCUACUGUUUCAUCAUCAAUGAUACCACCAAGGACGACCAGUACGGAACCUUCACCUAUGCCGUCAACAGCGCCCUUAUCGUCACGAACACCGUCCAAAACACAUUGUCGUUCACGUGCACCGACAUCGCCCACCACAUCUGGCAUUCCACUACCACCAACCAGCCAACUGAGGCCAUCACCGUCCCAGACACCGUUUAAGUCCACUUCUGCGACUCCGAGCGGUGAAAAUUGGCACAGAUCUGGGACUGAUACCCAAGGCAGCAGCAUCCCUACAACAGCGAGUCUCAGUCCAACCCAAACUACAACAGAUGAAGUAGAAUCUGCUGGCACAUCGCAAAGUAGCACUCCUUCGCUGCAUACAUCACCAAGGCCUACACCGAGUGCUUCCAUAUUCAUCCCCCAUGGACAAGCAGGGUGGCCCGGCACGAACGAAACCCAGGGGUCCUUCGGACGUGCUUCUGAAUCAGUGUCCUUCUCCCCCAGCCUAUCUCAAGAGCCGUCGGCAGCAGCAACGGCAAAGCCCCCGGGCUUAAUUUCGCCAUCAUCCAGCGAAACACCGAGUGUAACCGUGUCGCAGUCGCUGACUGUACCAAGGAAUAUGGAAUCAGAAACUGGUUCGCGGAUGUCACCAAAGCCCAGUGAGGCGCCAAAGAUGAAAGCCGCACCAACGGGUACUAUGCUGAGGAGCAGAGCACCCUCUCCCGUAUUAUCCACGAAUUUGAGUGCUCAUCCGAGUAUGAGCACAAUACCAUCAGUUUUUAUAUCUUCCUCACUAAGCCUGACCCCGAUCCCAAGUGCUGUACCAUCCCUUUCUUUGUCAAUGAACCGAACCCCUACACCCACUACGCCCAUGGCUUUAAGUGCAACGCCGAGCAUGACUUUCACACCCUUGAUGUCGUCAAGUGCAACUUCAAGCGGGAUCGCGACUCCUUCGGUUUCUGUAUCAUGGAGAGGGGCACCCACACGAAGUGCAUUGAUGAGCCCUAUCGCGACACCAAGGAUGAGCACAGCAGCAUCAGCGUCAGUGACCUCGUCAUCAAGUUUGGCCCCAACCGCAAACGGCGCGCCAUCCGCUUUGGCCGCACAGAACUGGACACCUACUGCCUUGAAUAGUUCAAGUGCCACCCCAUGGAUGACUCCAACACCGUCGACGUCGACUACUUCAUCAUCAAGUGUGACUCCAAACCCGAAUGGUAUCCCAAAGUGGAGUACAUCGCCGUCAGUUGCUGCGUCAGGAAGUCACAUACAGCAUCCUACGACGAUAAGUCCUAUCGUCACGCCAAGCGUUACGUUGACACCACCGGUGAUUUCGGUAAGUGCGACACCAUCAGUCUCUAGUUCAAAGGGUGAGACGACGACCUCUAGUUCAGCCGUGAACUGGAGUGCCACUCCUAACUUAUCGCCGGCCUCAUCGAAGUCGAUGAAUGCAUUGCAGAGCCGAGCUCCAAGUGUGGAUGCGACAGAGACCGCGAGCCCAAAUUUGCCGGUCAACUGGAACUCAUCGCCAAGCAUCUCUGUAUCUCCUUCAUUCAUGCAAACCAUUCCUUUCUCCAAGACGACCCCAAUUGUUGGACCAACACCAUCCGUCUCGCCGCAUAGAACACGUUUACAGACGGAUAAUUUCUCUACUAGUCAGAUAGUAACGCCGACAGACACCCCAAACCCGUCCACAUCCAUUUCUACAUCUUCAGGGGCACCGCCGAGGGCAAGCAUGACACCAUCAUUAUCUGUUUUGGGAAGCAGGACGGCGACGCCUAGCCCGCCUGCAAGUCCAAGUGGAAUGGCGAGUGGAAGUGUGACACCAUCUAGUCCGUCUACAAUUCAGUCGCCGAGUGCAAGCACGACACCAUCAAUAUCCAUUUCAGGGAGCAGGACGCCAACACCUAGUACGUCUACGAGUCCGGAUGCAACGCCGAGCACAAGCAUGACGCCAUCUAUAUCGGUUUCAGGGCGCAGGACACCGACGCCUAGUGCGUCUACGAGUCCGAGUGCAACGCCGAGCACAAGCACGACGCCAUCUUUAUCGGUUUCAGGGAGCAGGACACCGACGCCUAGUGCGUCUACGAGUCCGAGUGCAGCGCCGAGCACAAGCAUGACGCCAUCUAUAUCGGUUUCAGGGAGCAGGACACCGACGCCUAGUGCGUCUACGAGUCCGAACGCAAAGCGGAGUGAGCAUAAGACCCCGUUAGUGGGGCCUACCCCUGCAAUAAGUGCGACGCCGUCAGUAUUUGCGCCAGGUGAUGCGAAUCCGAAUCCUGGUUCGGCGAAGGUUUCAAGCCCUACGCCGAGUUUGACUACAACACCGCGUGCACCGGCAAUACUAUCGCCAAGUGCGUCGCCAAGUGCAAGCCCUGUGUCAACUAGUUCUAAGCCAACCAGCAAAACCCCGUCUCAAAGCUUAUCUUCAAGUUCGAGUGCGGAGCUGAGCUCGUCUACGUCGAUGUCCCCGACACCAGUAUCAGACACGGUGGCUCCAUCAUUGAAAGCGCACCCAAGCAAGAAUACCGACCUCUCCGCCUCGUCAAGAACAUCGCCUACCCCAUUCAUUGGUGCGAAAAUAGCGCCGAGUGCGUUGGUGUCACCGUCUGCAUCCACAUCUGCUGUCAUAUUGCCUGAAACCGAAGUCGUACCCAAAUCAGUACCAGUGAAUUUGCCGAGAACGAUUCCCUCUUCUCCGAGUACCGCACCGAGAGAGUCCUUGCUGGUGUCCCAUUCUGAAGUUGCCCUGUUUCCGCACACGACCUUAGAUCCAACCUCUCAGACAGAGCCAAACGAAGAAGAGAUCACUGGAGAUGUGCAACCGUCCAUGACUCCUACUAUUUCCGGACCUGCACCGGAGACGAGUCUGGAGGAAGCCAAGAUUCUCCCGGACUCUGCCGCAGAUACUUCUGGUUUUCCAGAGAGUAUAUUGGAAGCGUUUUCUCCGCCAGUACAGCCGCAGGAACAUUUGAGAAGUGUAGAGGCCUCAGCAGCCCCGCCUCACUCAUUACUAGUUCCAUCUCAGGAACUGCCAUCAUUGCCGGAAGCCUCCAAACCACCAACGACAUGGAAUGGAGUUAUCCCCUCAGCCAUAGGAUCACCUUGGAUAGAUGAGAUUUUGUCCUUGCCACCAGAUUUGCCAAAAGCAAAGGAGCCAUCCGCAACGGGCCCAGUCAUGGUUGAGACUGCGAUUACACCACGCCCUGCAAGCACCAAUCCUCGUCACCAAAUUGGUCGGAUUACCAUAGCCUCAACCCUCCCAACAUCCACGAUAUGUUCUACUGUUUCGUUCUCACAAAUGUUUGAGCACGAUGCGACUGUGAAGAUUAUCCUCACUCUACAACGAGAUGGUGUGGACGUCGAUUCGUUCUCAUUGAAAGCUGUAGUUGACAUCAUUAAUGUGACUGUAGAAGGCUUCGACAUAUGCGUCACCGCGAUUUCUGCGAUGGGGCGCUUGCCGCAUGACUCUUUGAGCGCGUAUUGGUUGGCAUUGGCAGAAGAUGAAUCUUGGGUUCAAUCUGGACAACUCGGUUUGUCCCGGCAUCUAGAUUUUCUCGAUGGAAAAUGUCACACGGUUACCGAUGAAAGAGCCUCUCUCCUGAAGGAUCCAGUUUUGAUUCCCGCUUCUGGUUUACUCCUGACACCAGAGUCGAGCCACGGAUUCCAAAGGGGUGCCCUCAGAUGGAUCGAGAAGUUUGAUGGAAGUAGAUUUUCGUUCUGCACACAGCGGGUCGUUAGUAACUUGCUCGGCGCUAACGAUGCGGCGAAGUAUUUCGCGGACACGUAUUUGAUCGUGGGUGCUGUCGAGGAACAAGGGGUUGUUACGACUGGACAUGUCUCCAUUCCGCCAUGGAGUCCAGGACGAAACUGUGCCUAUGUCUCCCUACGCCCACGAGAGACAACCCCCUUCAUUUUCAUAGGUUUGGAAUAUCCAAUUGCCUUAGGAAACGCAUACUCUAGUGACGCUGCGAUCGCAUGGGUCUCGAACAUGACAUCUGCAGGAUUUUCUCUCUGCGUUGAGGAAGUGAGAGAAUUCUGGGAGGACGAGCAAGCAUUCCGUUCUGAAGCAACAGCGCAUUGGGUAGCAGUAUACACAUAA